GUCUCUUUCUUUCCUCUUCAGUAUCGCGCACGGUGCCACGGCAAUAGGACGGUUUCUAUCUAAUUUCUAUCUCCUCUUAAUCCCGUCUCGCGUCAGUGUACGUACGCGUAUGGGUGCGUGUAAAAGGGCAACCAGGUGUGAAAAAAAUAAUGUCCCCCGCGCCACACUUAUUACUGUUAGUACGUGAACCUGAAUCGUGACAAGAGAAAAAGAGAGAAACGUGUGCAGUGGAAACGAGAUUGUUUAGCGAUGCGUUUCGCAUGCAGUUGGAUAGUUUGAGAGGAACGAGAGGAAGAAGGAGCAAUGGAGGACGAUCGGCCACCUCGGGAUACCUGUUUCGGGGCAGGAAGCGUGGCAGGGGCUGUGAUCGGCACUUUCCUCACGACGAUCCUCCUGCUGUUGGCCGCCGCAAUCCUUUACAGACAGUGGCGUAGGCACAAGGGUAAGCACCUAGUGUUGGUCACCGAUCCGGAGAUCGUCGAAGAGGCCUACGCUUUCGACAAUCCUUGCUUCAAGGAUGUUACUACAUCGUCCCAUGAACGUCCAGUCGUAUCCUCGACUCCUGGAAAUACUCCAGGAAAGGAUUCCGCGCGGUGGUCCACUUCCUGGACGUCGUUGGGUCUCGUAUCGGUUAAUCGCGACAAACGGAAGACCCUCGAUGAUUCUUGCCUCGGACCGAAAGCGACGAGGAUUAAUGUCGUGAGUUUGAAGAGUCGAGAUUUUACGGGACUGGGAUUUAACAUUUGCGGGAACAUGAGAGAGGGAAUAUUCGUCAAGGAUCUCUUGCACCGUGGGCCUGCAUCUGAAUCCGGUCGAAUACAUCCAGGCGAUCGUAUAGCCAGCGUGAAAAUAAGUUUCCGUAAUAUGGUGUACGAGGACGCUCUGACGAUCUUAAGCUACGCCUCGCCCUAUGACGUGAAAUUGGAAGUAGAGAGCGGUGUUACCGGGUCCAAACCAACUACCCUCCUAAAGAAAACGGUUGGUCCAAGCGCGGCAAGAAUCUGCCAUCCUCUUUACAGAAGUCAAUCAAUUCCCGAGCUAUCGCAAUCAAAAAGCGUCGCUAAAAGACUUUUUAUUGUCGAUCCUAACGAAAGUGCGAAUUCUAAUUAUUCUACUAUGAAUUCGACUAUGAAAUCUUCAAGAUCUAUAUCUGGAAAUCAAUAUCACGAGAAGGCCCAAGAUGAAUCCAAAAGUACCAAUCAUCAUAAGUUUGGUAUCAAGGUUUUACCAUCUUUGGAUGGGACUGUUCAUCGAAUUGAAAAUCAAAACGAGCACAAUACGAAUCUGGAGCGAAGGCAUUCAAAGAAGUUGGAGAAACAUACUGAGAAACAGUAUUUAUCAAAUGUAGUAAAUAAAACCUCGGCCUUGGAUGAGAAGAAAGAAGAAGUUCAGCGUCAACAGGCUUCCUUCCAAAAUAAACGAAUCUCUAAAGAGAAGAACUCUUUUGAGAUCCAUGAUGUAACUCCUAGCGAUGCUACAGAUAAAGGCAAGGUCACUGAUGUUUCUUCUAUCCAAAUGCCGACGGAAGUACACAACGCAGCAAUGGCAGCUCGCAGAAAUCGCAAGAAUAGUUCUGAGCUGUUAAAUCAAAAGAGUAUUGAAACUAUUGAAGCCGAGGAUCUGAAGAGUCAACAAAAAAACAAGAGGAAGGCACCAUUACCACCCAAGAGUGCCAACCAGGAUCCUGAUAUUUCUUUGAAAAAGAAUUCAAACGAGGAUAAGAUAAGUACUAUUUCCGAUUAUACGGAAUCGUUAUCAGAAUACAUAAAAAACGUGCGCGAGGAUGAAAAUUUAGACGACAGUAUUUCCAAACAAAAAUUAUCUACCACGAUGGGCACUUUGAGAAUUGAUCGACAGUCUGAGUCUGACACCGAUAGUGAAAUUCAGAAUAGUUUUACUACUAUAGAAUUAAAUUCCGCUGAUAUCACUAUUCAUAGAACUCCAGUUCCGGAAACAAAUGAUGACGACGACGAUGGGGAUGAUGUUUACAGAAAAGCAGCCAGUUUAGGCGAUUUAUCAAAAUAUGAGUGUAAAACCUCGACUACUUUAGAAAGAGCACAAAGUUUGGAUAUGACAACCGAGACGGGGACCAAGAAACGUAAAGCACCACUUCCGCCGGAGGACAUAACCGAGUCCACCGAGGACUUGACAAAACUGGAUCAAAUGGAUACUUUCGACAGGCGAUUACUGAAGAAAUCGAACGAGUGGGGCAAUUUAGAGGAUGUAUGGCGUAAAGGACACGAUUUGGAUGAUAAACCAAGGAAGAAAGUUAGGAAACGGAGCAGUGGUUCACUGGAACGUUCAAAAUCUUCUAUUGAAAUCAAACUAAAAGACGAAGAAUCUAAGUCGAAAGAAGAUGAGAAUACAACCAGCAUAGAAUUAUACAAUUUACCUUUAAGUAAAAGACUAACCGAAGACUUUAUCCGAACAGAGAGGAUGUUCAAUCCUGAUGAGGAUAAUUCGUUAAUUAGAAUCGUCAACGAUGGAAAUACCGUCAAAAGUCCGACUUUGGAAGAACUAGAGUGGCAGUUUAAAACAGAAGUUUCUUUGCCUGAGGAGUUGAACAAGGAUGAUGUAGGCUUAGAAGGUGAAAUUUCGGACGAAGACGAAAAAGCAGGAAAGAAAGAUUUCGGCAAAGCCUUGAAAUAUUUUGAAACAUAUUCAGAAAAAUUGGAUUCUACUAAACCAAUCUCCUACGCUGGAAGAAGAAUGGUCGUCGAAGAACCAAUGACGAAAGUGACUGUUAAAAAGGGAUGUCCCGCCUGCGAAGAAAAUUGUAAUCGCCAUGAAACCUGUAAGAAGAAGUCGUUUCCAAAUAAGAGAUCAUCCACUCCAAUUCCCUUGCAAGAAUAUUCUUCGAAUUUGUUGGAAAAUGACGACUCCAUCACCGUUAACGAUGAAGAGCCGUGUUCGAUGUCCCCAAGCCAAGAAUCGAUGAUGAUUGAUAAAGGUAGGGAAGAUAAAAGCGAGAGAUCGUCGAUUGAUUCAAAAAAUCGAAGGAUAAUCGAGGUUCCCCUUAAUCAGAGGAUCACCAGGCAGGAUGAUGAAGAUGAAGACGAAUACGAGUUUGAGUCUGGUGUGACGAUAAGCAACAAGAACUUGUUCGAUCACCGUCAUAACAUUAACAAUGUUAGCGUUUCUAGUGGAGAGAACAGUGAAGACAGCGGACUAGUCGGUGAAUCUAUGGACUAUAACCCUCAGGAUUUCGAUAGUCGGCCACCAUUACCAGUUACUCCGAUGCCACCGAAAAUGACUUACAUAACAGAAAUUAAGCUGUCACCCAAAAGGGGAAAGCUAGAAGAGGAUGAGAAGAGCAGUGAGAGGAUUUCUGAAACGAAAAGACAAACUGAAAAAAAUGCUUCGAAUGGGAAAACUGCAUCCAGUAAGAAACCACCAGUUCCACCUAGAAGGACGGACAUAGCAAAGAGUGGUAAGAAAGGGGCCAACGAGAAACAAAUUACAUACGUGUCAGAAUAUAAAAGUAAUGAGUCAAACGAAAAGGAUAAUAGUUCGGACGUGAGCCAGGAAAUCAAACACUUGGAAACAUGAUCGAAAAGUAUGUCUUCGUGGGAUAUUAUGAUGAAUCGGUUUCUUUUAGCAGACGGUAUGUUACAUUAGAUUGUUCCAAAAGUUCGUGCCGUUUCUGAUAUACCGCAUACGAAUAGCCGCAGUUUUAUGAAAAAGAACAUCCGUUUCCAAUUUUGAAGCUAAAUGAUCAAGCUUAGAGAACAAGUUUAACAUCCGUUAAAUCAAAAAGAAUUGGAGGAUAGAAACAUAAAUAAAUCAAAUAAUUAGAAAAGUUGAUCCUGAUCGUAGAUACAAUUUGAUAAGAUAGAUACCAGUGAAGUAUCAACAAUAAUCAAUAAAAAAUCACAUUCUAGCAUUUUUUAGUGUACGAGUAUCAGUCUUAUAUCAAUAUAUUUGCUAAUUCAAAAAUGUAACGAAAAUUUAUAUAUAAUUAAAAAUUAAUAAUUCGGAGGAUAAUUAGAACAUACUCUAUUAAUUAUUAUAAAAUACAUAUUUACUCAUGUACUUAAUCUUGUACGUAAAUAUGCUCAUUUUGCAUAGAUCUGCUCUUCAACUAGUCGAGAAAAAGUUCUGGUAUUCUUCACUGAUUAACCGAAAAGACUGGCUCUUGUUAUUGUUAAAAAAAAGACAUACACACACAUUUCCCUGAUAUUUUAUUAAAAAGAUUUGUUAUAAGUGGAGUCUCCUAACAAACGGGUUUACAAAAUAUCGUUUAUUCUUUUAACUUUUAAUCAAUAAGAAUCAUCAUCUGAAAUAACUUAUUAUUUAUUGAUUUUAUUGAAAUAUACAUAUAUAUCCAAUAGUAUUCGUCUAUUAGGUGUAUUUUAAAUUUUCUAAAUAAGAAAAAACUGUGGAAAGAUGCUUUGAGGAAUGACAAAUCCGUCCAUUAUGUUCGUGUUGAUUAUUGGUAAACUUUUUGAAAAUUAUACUGUAACUAGUUAAAAAUUAAAUGUACAUACGUAUAUGUAUGUGUGUGCAUGUGUAUAUACAUAUUUACUAAUUAAAAUGCAUAGAUAACGAAUCUUUAUAGGGACUGCAAUACAAUUUUUAAAUAAAGUAAUUGUGUAAGUUUUAAUACGAAUUUAGAUGAGUGUAAAAGUUUUUUGGCAGGUGCACACGUAAGUUAUGAAACGAUGUAUCAUCACAUACUUGAAUUAAGAAUUAUUAAACUUGUCUUACACUUUUGAAAUCAA